AUGGCGGUGACGGCGGCGAACCUGUCGACGUUCGGCGGCAUCGCGACGGUGUCGCUCGUGCACUCGCUCAUCCCCACGCACUGGCUGCCGUUCAGCGUCGUGGGACGCGUGCAGAAAUGGACCAUCCACCAGACCCUUUCCAUCACGGCACUGGGAGCAUUCCUGCACGUGCUAUCCACGUCCAUCCUGGGAUUCACCGCAGUCACCAUGGCACACACGCUCGCAGGCGAGGAGGCAGUAGAGGCCAUCGCUGACGCGUCGCUGGGGACCAUGGCGAUCGCAGUGGCCGUGCUGCUCGCCUGCACGCUCUUCGUCAUGCUCACGCUCGUUGCACUCUCCUUCUAUGGGGCCUCACAGGUGAAAUUCGGGUGGCUGGAGCGAUAUGAGAAGCUGGUGGUGGGGGUAAUCCUGUGCGCUGUGGGCAUUCUCACCCACCUCUUCCACCACCACGACCACCCACACGGGCACUCACACGGACAUGCAGGGCAUGCAGGUUCUGUGUUUGCACCGGGGCAUACAGACAUCAUCACAGCUGGCACCAUGCUGAGCCAUCACCACUGA